AUGUCUGGACGGACGAGAAGGCAGAAGGCUGCCCAGCAGGCCCACGUCGAGGACGAGAACUCCGACUCGGCCUCGCACUCGCAUUCGAACCUGAACGGGAACUCGAACAAGGCCGUCGAGAAGGUGAAUGGGACUACAGAGAAGCGCAGUGCCCGGCGCAAGCGGACGCCGUCGCGGGACGAAGAGCCCAGAGAGAACAUCUUCCUCUUCUGGCCCAAUAUCAUCGGAUACGUACGCAUCGUCCUUGCAACUGCAUCGCUCUACUACAUGCCCCUACACCCUCGGACAUGCUCGAUCCUGUACAGCGUCUCAUGUCUCCUGGACGCCCUCGACGGCUACGCUGCCCGGGUCUAUAACCAGUCUACUACCUUUGGCGCAGUGCUCGAUAUGGUCACUGACCGCUGCACGACCGCUUGCUUGCUGGUGUUUCUCAGCUCUGCCUGGCCCCGAUGGGCUAUCUUGUUCCAGGGCUUGAUCAGUCUCGAUCUGACGAGCCACUAUAUGCACAUGUACGCCACAUUGACCAUGGGCGGGUCAAACCAGAGCCAUAAGAAGAUUGAUUCUAGCAGGAGCUGGAUCUUGUAUCAGUACUAUAACAACAAGGCCGUGCUGUUUACAUUCUGCUGUAUGAACGAACUGUUCUUCAUCGGCCUAUACCUGCUCUCCUUCUCGUCGCCAACCCUCUCUCCAUCCCUGCUCCAGCCGAGCGCGAUCCCCGUUGCCCAGCCGGGCACUCUCUUCGGUAACCCGUGGAGUGCCGGUGCCCUCGAGCUCGCCCGCGCUAAUAAGAUGGACAGCUUCUGGCCGUGGGUCCUCACGGGUAUUUCCGCACCUGUCAUGGCAGGCAAGCAGUUCAUCAACAUCGUCCAGAUGGUCAAGGCCAGUCGAUGGCUGGCAGAGGGCGAUAUUGCUCGACGACGGAAGUUGGGCAUCGCAAAGUGA